GUACGUUUGUCCUUUGAUACACGACCGGAAUUGCUAGUUCAACUGUUUACCAAAGAAUGGAAUUUGGAAUUACCAAAACUUUUGAUUACAGUACAAGGUGGCAAGGCGAAUUUCGAGCUCAACCAAAGUUAAAGAAGGAAAUUCGCAAGGGCCUUUUGAAGGCGGCGAAAACGACUGGCGCAUGGAUUUUUACAGGCGGAACAAAUACAGGUGUUACAAAACAGGUGGGCGAUGCGUUGUUGCUCGAGGGUCAGCAGCGGAGUGGUCGUGUUGUUAGUAUUGGUAUUGCACCCUGGGGCAUAGUGGAGCGUAAUCACGAACUUUUGGGACAUAAUCGUGAGGUGCCCUGUCAUAGCAUAAGUUCGCCAAGGUCAAAAUUAGCAGUGUUGAAUAAUCGUCAUGCUUACUUCCUGCUGGUCGAUAAUGGUACACAAGCGAAAUAUGGCGCUGAGUUGAUAUUGCGACGAAAAUUGGAAAAAUUCAUAUCGAACUUAAAACUGCAUCCAUUUACACAUUCCAGCACACCGGUCGUCUGUCUGGUUAUUGAAGGAGGUACAAAUACGGUACGUGCGGUAUUAGAGUACGUGACGGACACACCGCCAGUGCCAGUGGUGGUAUGUGAUGGUUCGGGUCGUGCAGCGGAUCUGAUAGCGUUUGUGCACAAAUAUGCCUCCGAUGGCGAGGAGCAGCCAGUACUGGAGUCCAUGCGGGAUUACUUAAUAACUACUAUACAAAAAACUUUCGAAGUCGGCUUCGAUCAAGCGGAAAAACUUUACCAAGAACUUUUGCAAUGCACACGAAAUAAAAAUUUG